CUCCCUCUAAACUCCGAACCAUGGACUGCUUCACUGAAACGAUCCCACCUUCUUCUCCGUCACUGUCAGAAAUCCAAUGGGGAAACCAGGUUUCGGACACGGUUUUCUCUCUCUACAACUCGCUUCCCAAGAAAGGGAAGCCUCAGGGUCGCGAAGUCACCGUCUUGGCCGCAUUUCUCCUUUCCUCUCCUCGUCGAGAUUUGGAUGUUGUUGCUAUUGGAACCGGGACGAAAUGCAUCGGCCGAUCGCAAUUGAGCCCCUACGGCGAUGUCGUCAACGACUCGCACGCCGAAAUCGUCGCGCGAAGAUCUUUGUUGAGGUUUUUUUAUGCACAGAUUCAGCGACAUUCUGAGAAUUACAGCAAGCACAAACGCAGUGAUGGAUUUAAACGGUUGCGAGGAGAUGACGAUGAGAACUUGCUUUUUGAAUUGGACAAAGAUUGUACCGGCAGAGAAAAAUACGGAAUGAGGAAGGGUUGGCAAUUACACAUGUAUAUAUCACAGCUUCCAUGUGGGGAUGCUUCGUCUAGUUCACAGUUGGCUCCCCUAAAAAAUAUUUUACCAAGGGAAUGGGGUGCCCAUCCAUCUUGUGCCGACCCCGAGUCUAAGCAGUUCAUACGUGGGGAGACUUCAUUAGAUAUUAAUGAAGUUAUUGACUCUGUCCAAAGAAAGCCUGGUCGAGGCGAUACCACAUUAUCAGUGAGUUGCUCCGACAAGAUAUCUCGUUGGAAUGUUGUUGGAAUUCAAGGAGCUUUGCUUUCCCACUUUCUGAUACCUAUUUACCUCUCUUCCAUCACUGUUGGUCAAUCUUCUAACAAUUCUGGAGAGGUUCCUGUGGAUGAUUGCUUGAAGAAGGCUUUAUAUGAUCGAGUUAUAACAUUUUCAAACGAGCUAAUGAGUCCUUUUCGGGUGAACCGGCCGCUAUUCUGUUCAGCUCCAAUACCACCAAAGGAGUUUCAACAUUCGGAAACUGCUUCAACCACUUUAACAUGCGGAUAUUCAAUAUGUUGGAAUAAGUCCGGCUUGCAUGAAGUCAUUCUUGGAACCACUGGAAGAAAGCAAGGCACAUCUUCCAAAGGGGCAUUAUCUCCAUCUACAGAGUCAUCUUUAUGCAAAAAGCGAUUGUUGGAGGCUUUCUUGUCACUAAGACCUGAAUUACCUCCCAACAGCCCAGAAAAUAAGAUUUGUUAUCAAGAACUCAAGGAAAGGGCUGGAACAUACAAUUUGACUUCAAAAUGUAUGAAAGGUAGACUGCCUUUCAGUAAUUGGCCACUAAAACCCCAAAACUAUGGGGCCGUCUUCGUUAUGAGAUAGGAAGGAGUGUGUUACUAGUAAGGCUUCAAUUCUAUUUUGAUGUAUUGGUAGAAAUUAGUAGAGCUAUUUUGUACCAUAUUUUGAUUUAUUGGUGGAGAUUUGUAGAGCUGUUUUGGACCAUUAUCUGAAAUAGCCCCCCAGGUAAUUUGUUUCUUCAGUAACUUUUAGGCUCCAACAGUAGUCGGAGUAAAGACGUUUGUAUCAAAGUCUCAUUGUAAAAACUUACUGUUUGGUUGUGAAUGAGCUUGUUUCUGAUCAUGGACAACAUUGCGUUGGGAAAUAUGUACUAACUACUCAAGGAGGACUUUUCUUUAGGGCAUCUCGCCCAGUAGGACAUUGUUCCUUGUGAGUCUCAUGUACUCUUUUACUUCUAGCCUUUUACUUUCAGCAUCCAGCUUCAAUCAUUGGGAACAUCUUCUGAGAUAUCAUCCUUAACUCUUGGAGU